UUCAAUCCAAACUUGCCCCAUCAUCCUUCAUGAAGGGACAAUUCGACGAUCCGUCGGCGCCAAGUGAAGCCGUCCACUUGGUGGUCCUACAGCACGGGCUCCACGGAAGCCCUCAAGAUUAUGCUUCGCUGCAGCCCAUCUUGACCUCGGUGCUUCAAGACCAACGGGUCCAUGUUGUCGCGACACGAAGCAACUCGACAGAGUACUAUACGACGCACGACGGCAUUGACAUUGGUGGUGUUCGUCUCGCUGACGAAGUGGAGCUUCUCGCCGCGCAAUGCCCCAAACUUCAAAAGAUCUCGUUCAUCGGACAUUCCCUUGGCGGUCUCUACGUUCGGUAUUGCAUUGGGGUCCUCUACGCCCGCGGCUUCUUUGCCACCAUCGAGCCCAUGAACUUCAUUGCAUUGGCCUCGCCCCACCUCGGCAUCCGUCGACCAGCCAGCCGCGGCGCGUUCAACACGCUGUUCAACUCGAUCUCGUCCAAAUUGUUUGAUCUAACCGGCGCGCAAUUGACCCUUCGAGAUGCCGUCUCCGAAGACACGCUGGCGCUGUCGUCUGUCCAUACCCUCGUCACUGUGACCACCCCUCGGUCGUUUCCAGCACUGGCGAUGACGUUGACGAUGCAAUUUGCGGCCCCCAAUGCUGGUUUUUCCACCUUGUUUAGCCAGUUACUGGGAAACUCUUGGGCUGUGUACUUUUCCCACCUGGACGUGAAUGAGCCGCCGUUGUUCUCGUUCGAUUUGACGCAUUUCGAUGCGGUGCUAUACCUGCCCGAGCCGCUAACUCCGCCGACCGCCGCCAAUUCUCACGAUCAUGAUCACGAUUUCAAUCAUUUGCACAUCCCAGCACAACCACGAGACACGGUGCUGCAAUUGCAAGGCCGACACGACGGACAAGAGGUGGCUAUUGACAUUUGCAUCGAGUCGACCGACGACUGGGCAUUUGUCCAUGCGAUACUGUUAAGACUCGGCGCCAUUUCGUGUGCCACGUACCCUGGCGACAAGCUCCAGCUUCGAUCGUUCCAGCUACAAGACCUAGACAAUGCGUAUACGCUGUUUCCACCUGUCAGUCGUUCAGUUGCUCAGCCACUUGCCAAGCAACAUUUACUCCAAUGUUUGUGCCAAGGGGCGUUUCUCCAUGGAUUGCACGCGUUUCGACGACGCGCAGUGUACUCGAACGUGUUUUAUGACAUCCAGGCGCCGUAUUCGUGCUCUGCAUUCCGAGCGUUCAACCCGUAUCGCAGCCACGUCGUGCCAUCUGCGACAUCGUCCGUGUACCCGCACAUUACGCUGCACUCGAUGGAAAACGCGGCGAUUCUGCGCGCCAGCAUUUUGGAGCUAACUACAGCCGAAAUCUCUCAAGAAGCACACGCAGUGGACCCGCCCAAACCCAAAAGCUGGCUGCAAGGCUUGGCUACGAUUCCAGCAAUCAUAUUUCCAGUCAAUAAAGCCGCCGAUACCAAUGAGUUGCCCCCGCAGCAGCAUCGCAUUUGCCAUGUCGUGUCCAAAGAAUCCGAUAAAGUUCUCGUGGACAGCCCCGAAGAUAUUUACUCGAGCGACCCCAUGCGCGAUAUUUUACGAGAAAUGUUGGUGUGCAUGCAGUCGUUGGAGUGGGAACGCAUCGACGUGCUGUUUGAAAGUGCGCUGGCCCAUGAGCAAAUCAUCGCCAAGCGCAGCCACGAAGUACCAGCACACGAGUCCGGCCUGGAUAUUGUUCAUCACAUUGCCGAUACCUUUGUCGUCGACUAGAUACAUAUAUAUAUAUAAAUUGGUUGACAAUAUAGAUAAUUCAAUAUGAAGGAGAUUUCGCAAUACUAGCGUUAGCAGUAUCUUGUUCACUUCGAAAAGUCAAAUCAAUUCGUCCUGGACACAAUCAACGGAAUUAACGCUAACGUUUAAUCACGGAAGUCAAAACAUUGCUCCGUCGUUGUCUGAAGUGAUCUCACCAUGUGUCAAGGCAUAUAUAUAUAUAUAUAUACCAUUGUAAUGUCCUUUCAAUACUGUAGUACCCCACCUCAAUAGAGUAAAACACACAAAUUUGAUCAAACUCUGAAAAUUUUAAAAAUAUCAUAGAGUUUGAUCCUGGCUCAG